GGAAAAACUUGUGAUAGUGACGUUGAUGAGUGUGCUCAAUUCAACAAUACUGAUCUAGGAUGCCAAAAUAAUGGACGAUGUAUUAAUACUCCAGGAAGUUAUCGUUGUGAGUGUGCUGCUGGUUUUUCUGGUAUUCACUGCCGUCUUCGUGAGAUGAUUUGUGAAAAAUAUAAUGGAGACGAACUCUGCGGCCAUGGCACAUGUGUGAGCGCCAAUAAUAUACAUAACUACACUUGCAUUUGCGAUGUUGGCUGGACAUAUACAAAUUCUUCUCCAGCAUGUGUAAUCGAUAUUAACGAAUGUGAGCUUCACACUAAUCCUUGCCAUAGUGAGUGUAUCAAUAUGCCAGGUAGUUUUAAAUGUGGUCCAUGUCCAAAUGGAUACACUGGAAAUGGCAUUACUUGUCUUGACGUGGAUGAGUGCGCUAUCGAUAACGGUGGUUGCAGUUUAAUACCGAAAGUAAACUGUAUAAAUACUGAGGGAUCAUAUCACUGUGGCAAUUGUCCAGAAGGUUGGUUGGGUGAUGGUCAUAUUUGUAUACCGGCUCCUUCCAAUGAUUGUACUUCAGAAAAUAUUUGUCAUCCUAAAGCAAAAUGUGAGUAUAUAUCGGAUACAGUGGUUUGCACUUGUCCAGUCGGUUUGUCUGGUCACGGUUUUGGGGAAAAUGGUUGUAAAUCGGAAAUAGCCACACAUCCAUGUGAGAAUCAUGAAUGUAAGAAUAACGGAACAUGUGAAGUGAAUGGUGAGGGCACUCGUUGUAUAUGUCCUGAAGGUUAUAUGGGUGCUACAUGUGAAAAAAAUGACGCAUGCCAUCCAAAUCCAUGUUCAAAUGGUGGUAGUUGUAAGUUGGCUCCGAAAAAUAAGUAUCGUUGUGCAUGUCAACGUGGCACUACAGGAAAAAACUGUGAAAUACAACGUGAAAUUUGCGGUUCCGUUUUAAGACAAGAAACAGGAGAAGUGAUCUAUCCACCAGAGGGUG